UCUGUUCAUACUUUAAAGACCUUGUGAACGGACUACGGACAUUUCCACAGACCAUAAGAGAAAGCAGCAGCUAAGUGCAUCAUCAAACGUCCCUAAGAAGAUGCCUGAACAAGUUCUUCUGAAAACCAUGCAUAAAUACCUGUCCAAAACUGCUGUUUUCAGCUGUUUUCCACUGAGCCUUUUGUUACUCGGACUGGAGAAGCUGAUUGAAAUAGAAUUUGUAUGUCCAUGUGGUCAGAGUACACUACUAACAGUCUUCAUCUUCAUUGGGCCUUCUCUUUUUGUCUUUGCUUUAAUGUACCUCCUAUUAAGACCUUUUAAACAUGGAUGCAGUCGUUGUUAUGCAGGAGUAAAUGACGAUACUCAGCAGAACUGUCCUAAAGCUUUUGCAUCUUGUCUGAUUCCACCUGUAAUGUGGGCCAUCAUCUUGUUACUCAAUGGUGAAUAUGUGGCAUGUGUCAUGACAGACUGGAAGGGGGUUUAUGUGUUUGAUAAGGAGCUCAACAGGUCUUGGUGUAAACCCACUGAAGGGAUGAGAAAUGAGAAGGAGCUUCGAGAGUUGACUCGCAAAUAUAUUCAACGAUCUCAGGUUGCAGGUUAUGUCACGAUCUUUGUCUUCAGUGCUUUGACAAUUAUCUUAUUGGGUAUUUAUGACUGCUACAUACGUGGAAAAUGUGAUUCAUCGGAGGGACAAGAUGGAACAGAUGGUCAAGAGGCUCUGUCUCUUAAUUCUGUCAAUAACGAUUAG